CUAUCGGCCAGCGGGGUUCGGCUAGAGAACUAUUAUGUUCAGCCAAUCUGUACCCCGACAAGAAGCCAGUUGUUAUCUGGGAGAUAUCAGAUACACACAGGAUUACAACAUGGCAUUAUCACAAAUUGCCAACCAAACGCUCUGCCUAACGACAGUCCAACUUUGCCUGACAAGCUGAAAGAAUCUGGCUAUGCCACACACAUGGUGGGCAAGUGGCAUUUGGGCUUUUACAAGAAGGAGUACCUGCCUUGGAAUCGAGGAUUUGAUACUUACUUUGGUUAUCUCAAUGCAGCCGAGGACUACUUUAACCACAGAGUACCAUGGAAAACAGUGCGCUACCUUGACCUUCGAGACAACAACGGACCUGUGAGAAAUGAGUCCGGACAUUAUUCGGCUGACUUGUUUACCAACAAGGCUAUUGAUGUUGUUCGGUCACACAACACGUCAAAGCCGCUGUUCCUUUACCUGGCCUACCAGUCUGUGCACGCGCCACUUGAGGUGCCAGAAAAGUACGUACGCAAAUAUCGAAACAUCACAGACAGAAACAGGCGCGUGUACGCAGGUAUGGUGUCAGCCCUGGAUGAGGGCGUAGCCAAUUUAACCCAAGCACUGAAAGACAGAGGACUCUGGGACAAUACCGUCUUCAUAUUUUCUACAGACAAUGGCGGACAGGUUUAUUCUGGCGGCAACAAUUAUCCACUUCGUGGCUGGAAAGCCUCACUGUGGGAGGGUGGAUUUCAUGGUGUCGGAUUCGUGUGUGGUGGCGCCCUGAAACGUAGUGGAGCUGUUAGUCAAGAACUGAUUCACGUUUCUGAUUGGUUCCCUACUUUAGUCCGAUUAGCUGAUGGAAACUUGAAUGGAACAAGGCCAUUGGAUGGUUUUGACCAAUGGGAUACAAUCAGCACUGAGGCCCCUUCACCUCGGGAAAUUCUGCUGCACAAUAUCGACAUCUUGCACCCAAAGAAGGGACAGCCCUUGUACACAAACACCUGGGACACUCGGGUUAGGGCAGCUCUCAGAGUUGGCGACUACAAACUGAUCACCGGAGACCCAGGCAAUGGCAACUGGGUCCCUCCACCAGACGGUCACCUGUACUUUCUACCUGAAAACAAGGACCCAGAUGAUAAAAACGUCUGGCUGUUCAACAUCACGGCAGACCCAAAUGAACAUAACGAUCUGUCCAAGGAGAAACCGCUGGAGGUUCUCAGAAUGUUGCAGAUACUGGUACAGUUCAACAACACCGCAGUGCCACCCAGAUACCCCCCGCCGGACCCCAGGUGCGACCCCGCUCUACAUGGCGAUGUCUGGGGACCAUGGGAGUAG